AUGAGGGAAUGGAGCGUAACGCUCAUCAGGCUGAAUGCAUCCGACAACGUUGAUUGCAUCCAAAUCGUGGACGGUAAGAGGAGAUCGUGCAGCAUUCCAAAGCGCUCCUCGUGGGAAGGAAUCAACAGAAUGCUGGAAGAAUGGCAGGACUACAAGAAGGGUUUUGUGGUCCUGGACGGGUUCUUGAGGCAUGAAUCACAUCACGUAGACUUCUUGGACGCAUGUAGGAAAUGGCUGCUAGCUGAUCGAGAGAAUCGGCGGGUUGUAGUAGCGACAUCGAUGUUGGAGACCCAGUCGGGAGGAGAACCCCGUCCUCCGACGCACACGAGGAGGCUGCUUGUACUCCAUCCAGGCUCGCCCGUUUCUUCUUCUGUAACCCAGCACGGAUAUUCAGCCCCUGUCAGUUUGUUUCACAAGACCCGUCCUUUCCAGCAGUCCUUUCCAGCAGAAUGA